AUGAGGGUCAUUGCUUUGCUGUUCGGUGUAGCUGUGUUCCAAAGCGCCUCCGUGGGUUUUGGAGCAGCUGUGCACGGCUUCGUCGUCCAAAAAUCUUCCGUCCACGACGCCAUUGUCCAAUCUAUCGUCCGAAAAUUCGCCGGCCAUGACUCCGUUGUCCGAAAAUCCGCCGGCCACAACUCCGUCGUCCAAAGAUCUGUCGUCCAUAAAUCCGCCGGCCACGACUCCGUCGUCCGAAAAUCCACCGGCCCCGGCUCCGUCGUCCGAAAAUCCGCCGGCCACAACUCCGUCGUCCAAAGAUCUGUCGUUCAUAAAUCCGCCGGCCCCGACUCCGUCGUCCGGAAAUCCACCGGCCCCGGCUCCGUCGUUCAAAGAUCUGUCGCCCAAAAAUCCGCAGACCCCAAUUCCGUCGUCCAAAAAUCCGCCGGCCACGACUCUGUCGUCCGGAAAUCCGCAGGCCACGACUCCGUCGUCCGAAGAUCCGCGGACCACGACGACAGAGCGCGGGUGUCUCCACGGUAUGAAGCGCAGGAGCGACAGCAGCUGCUGCAGGAGGUUGCCUCGAGCUUCAAGAAGCUCACUAGCUUCAUCGCCGAGGAAGCUCAGAACGGCAACGACGACCUCCUGCUCUCAAUAAGGAUUACGCAGGGCCAACUAGCGCAGCUCCAGUCCGAUUCUCCGCGGAUUUCCGACUCUCCUGAGAUAUCCCGGAUUAUAUCAUCCGCUGAAGCGGAUCUCGCUUCAGCCGCUGAUCUUCUGCUUCAGAACUUCGGGACAAAUCCAGAUCUCAGUGAACAGUUUUCUUUCAUGAUGGACCCAGAGUUGUGGAAGAACAUGAAGCGCAUUAACGCUGAACAGUCCAUGGAAAAUUUUGAGGAGCUUUGGCUUCGGACUUUCGGUGUUGACCAAAACCAAGACAGAGAGGACACCGAUUUCGACGAGGUGGCAUCAGACGAGUGUCUCAGUCAGCUCCGGCCCCUGCAAGACACCGACAGCUCAAAUUCGGACGGUCGCAGUUCUCACUGCGCCGUGAGCGACCGGUGCUGGAGAAUGAUGGCCACACCCGAAACUGGCGACUAUCAACUCACUCACCAGCUUCUCUACUUCGCGCUUGGCCUCUCAGCAGGAUGCGGUCCGGAAUUCGCCGAACUUGCGCAACGCGGUUUUGCGGACAGCGUCCCGACUGACGUCACACACGAGCUGAUGAGACGGCAGUGCAGUCGCGUGCUGGAGCAGGCGCAAGUUAUCGCUGCUGACGGGUACCCUGACUUCAAGAAAGACUUGUUCCUUGAACAAGGAUUCCUUUGCGGUGCUGCAGUAAACAAGCCAGAGUUCUUCGAACCUUCAAUGAUUCGGUCAGCCUUAUCGUGGCAGAAGUCAUCAGGCUGCUACGGAUUCAUCGACGUUGAAGCCUACCUCAGCGACCUCAGUCGUGCGGACCCUGCAAGAAUUCCUGACGCAGAACGCGGUCUUGAAAACACUCGAUCUCAGAAUGCCCAGGUUAAAUCAGCACUAAAAGUCGGACGAAUAGAUGAAAAUAAGUCUCGGCCUAAAGCACGACGAGAAAAGGUCAUGAACGAGUCGUGCCUCGCACACAACUCCGCUGUGGCGAUGGGCUACCUGAGCGUUGCUCUGCGGUACCUCAUGGACCAGUGACGACAACUGAGCUUAACUUGAACACUCAAUUAUAAUAAAAUGAGGACCUGACGUUAAAAUCGAUAUCGGAUAUCAUUCCAUCGACCAGCAACCAGGUAGAUUCAAUGAAUACAUUUUCGAAACAAUGGCGAAAUACGCCGUGAAUUUAUUUGCAAUGUAACAAAAUUAAUCGUUAGUUCUAUUAACUUGCGCUUGAAUUUUUCCGGUUCGAUUCAUAGAAUGUGUUUGAUGGCAUUUUCUUCAAGCUUAAAGAAAAUUAAUUGACAAACUUCUCGCGAAUUUGUUUCAUUUGACCGCAGGAUAAAAAUUCAAAUGAAAACCCGUGACUAGGAUGAACAACACGAGACCUGAGAGAUGGAUUUUCGCGGUCUUAAAAUUUUUCGCGAUGAUACCGUUCCCAAGAUACCGUUGCGAGGCUACCGUUUUGAGGAUACCGUUGCGAGGCUACCGUUUUGAGGAUACCGUUAAGAGGAUACCGUUGAGUAUACCGUUGCGAGGAUACCUUUGCGAAGAUACCGUUGCGAGGAUACCGUUGCGAGGAUACCGUUUCGAGGAUUUCCUUGUCAUUAGCUGCGUAGGAAAUAACCCGAGCACCGCCGCUGGUGCAGACAUUGGUGACACAAAAUACGUAUUUUUUAACAAUUUCAGAGGUAAUUUGGGUUAAUGCUGAGAGCAACUAGACGCCCAGAUGACAUCGCAUAAGAAACGCUUAGCUUGUCUCAACAACAACGUUCUGCGCAGAGCCGCCGACCGAGCGUAGUCCGCGUACGAGCACGCCUCAAAAAGGUGAACUCGUUCGUAGGGACGUUCAAUGUACAUUAUAUUAUUAGCGCGUAUAUAAAUGAUCGAACACAGGAAUAAUUUCUCUAUCAUAAACAAAACUUGUUUUCCGUGCUACAUUCUCAGUAAAUUUUGCACUACUUUUUUCGGCGGUAACAAUUUUUAUCGGUUGUUCUGAAAAAUUGGGUUCAUACCGGCUGUAAAAAAAUUGUGUUCAUUGACAUCAGUAACCAUAAAAUGUAAUAAAAAUUCGUUCACAAUUUCUAGGCUAAUCAAACAGGCGCGGAACUUAUAUCAUUCAGAACUUAUUUCAAACUUGAUGACUGAAGCCACAAAUCGAUAGAGGCCAGUAAAUUAAAAUUGUUCCGUAAAAUUGCGUUCGUGCCGUCGGUAACACGAAAGGACGAUAAAAUUUCGAUAUAAAAUCGUUCGUACCGUAACCGGAUUAAUCCACUUGCGAUCUCCCAUAUAUAUCGGUUCAUGGACUACAUUGGCCCGAUUUACGUUAGAGUUAAAUGGGUGCGCACCAAGGUAAUACAUUAAUGCCUCACUUGCAUGAGGUCCCUUGCAAUUAAUCUUCCAAUAUACCUGGAUUUAUCUGUUAAUUAAAUUUGAAAAUCUC